ACCUCCACGCGCAAAAGCUCGCUUUCCCUCCGCUGAGCCGCUGCUCUGGUCUGGUCGCGUUCCUACUGAGACGUUUUAGCAGCACAGCACUCCUGGUCAGAACUUCCGGCGGUUGUCGCACGAGUCAGCCGCGAUGCAGCGCGCAUGUCUCACGCUCUCUGCGGCGCUUUGGCUUGCCGCCUUCGUCUCCUCGUGCCACGCAUACUUCGUAGAAUCUCAAGUGCAAGUUUGUGUACAUCAGUGGGGCUCCAUCCACUCAACCGGCGUCACGUCCCUCUCCUCUCCUGCCCCAACUGUCAGUCUUGUUUCUCCUGGACUGCCAGAAGUCAAUUGCGUUCCUGGGACGUUGCUGGCUCUAUUCCUGACAGCAUCUCCUCUCUCACUGCACUAGGAACUCUGGAUUUUGCAUACAACUCUUUGACAGGCUCCAUUCCCAGGAGCAUCACCUCGUUCGGGUUCCUCACAACUUUAAAUCUGGGAGGUAAUCGGCUUACCGGGCUCAUCCCAUUUGGAAUUGGAGGCCUCACUAAUUUGGUGCAACUGUAAGUAGGCAGCAGCUGAUGAUCAGAUCCACAUUUCAUUAGAACGCAUCUCCUCUCCAAAGCUGUCCCCACUCAAUUCAUAGUUCACGAUGCUGCUUCUUUUUGCUCCACGUCCGCUACACAACGUUUUCCUCUAUUCGCCAACCAAUGCUUCCCACCGUCCUCCUCUCACCACCCUGGAUCAAAAAUUUAAAACCCACGCCACACAGGGAUCUCUCCUCCAACAAUUUGACAGGCUCCAUCCCCAACAGCAUCAGCAGGCUCGCUCAGCUCAGAACUCUGAGAAUCAAUGACACAAGGCUCAAUGGAGCGCUUCCAACUUUUUUUGGAGGGCUCAGUACCCUCGAUUCACUCAACAUCAGCGGCACAAACCUCACGUGCCCACCUGACUAUACCGCCUGUGGCCCAAUACAGUCGAACAAGACAGCCUUCUGCCAGACGUGCCCUUCCUUCUGCAACACCUGUGGCAAACCAGCACCAGCCACAAACAGCAGCAGUAGCAGCAACAGCAGCAGCACCAGCAGCGAGUUUUCUUCAACAGCAGCAUCCGGGGGAGGAGGGGGUGUAUCAGUGGGAGUCAUCAUUGGCAUUGCAGUUGCUGCUGUGGUCGUUCUCCUGCUUCUGGUUGCUGCACUGCUCUACUUCGAGCACAAGAUGCAGUGGAAGCCAAAAGGUGUGGUUGCCAGCCAAGCAGCCUCCCACUGCACCGAGUUCUCUCUGGUUGAGGUCCUCAAGGCCACCAAUGAUUGGUCGGAGGACAACCAGCUUGGCUCGGGUGCCUUUGGUGAUGUCUACAAGGGCGUUUCUCCUCGCGAUGGCACAACAGUGUGGGCUGUGAAGCGAGCCAAGCUGAUCGACGUGGACUUCCAGAGCGAGGUCCAGCAGAUGGCCGACAAGAACCAUCCCAACAUUGUGAGGCUUCUCGGAUUUGCGAUCGGAGGCGACUUGAGGACACAGCCGGAGCAAGUCCUGAUCUACGAAUAUGUGCCCAACGGUGACCUGCACAGAUGGAUUGGUCCAGAAGCUGCUUCUCCUUUGACUCUGAAGCAGCGGCUGGACAUUCUCAUCGGCAUUGCACGUGGCUUUGAGUAUCUCCACAGCUUUGGCCUUGUGCAUCGCGACAUCAAACCUGCAAACGUCCUCAUCACUGCUGACAUGCAGCCCAAGAUUGCAGACUUUGGGCUUGUGAGGGUGGGGGAGGGCACCACAGUGGGCACUACUCGAAUCAUGGGAACACCGGGCUAUGUGGAUCCAGUUUACUCCAGGACGUCCAAGGCAACUCCCGCCAGCGAUGUCUACAGUUUUGGUGUGCUCAUGCUUGUGGUUCUCACGGGGCGUCCUGCACUCACUGAGCCGACUGGAGAAGCCAUACACAUCACUCAGUGGGCAUCCGAGUGUGUGUCCUCGGCUGACAUGGGGAGCCUCAGGGACCCCAAGAUGGACGCCCCUGGGGAUGCCGUGCUGCACGUGGCUCAGCUGGCAGUCGGCUGCACUGUGGAGCGCACUGCAAGCCGCCCAAGCAUGGCUCACGUUGCCAAAGUGCUGCAGGCAAUCCGGGAGGAUGUGGGGGGGAGGGACAAGCUGAGCGCUGCCGUUAAGGUGGAUGUGCAGGUGCAGGAGAUGAAGGAUGCAUUCGCAGUCGCGGGAAGUCUUGACGCACAACUCGAGAUGAUUAACAAGGGUUUAGCCACCGAAAACCCAGCCUAGGGGUGUGUUCCUCAGCUGCCACUCAGGCUUGCCUCCAGUCAGUUGAGACGCUUGCACGCUUUAGUCCGGUUCAAGCCAAGUCUGGUUAGCUGUUUGUUCUCGCAUAUUCCUGACUGAUUGGCUGGGCGUUUGUGUGAUUGUCGUUUGUCUGGGCGUCUGGUUGUAGAGUUCAUAGUGGAUAAUCGCUCCAUUUUGCAGCAUCUGGGAUAUUGGAUAUACGCAACCCUAAAUGUUCAAGGACUCACAUUUGUCAGCAGCAUGUCUGU